AUGUCGGACAUCUCGUUACCCUCCCAGGUUGCUCUCACCGCCAGACCAGAGGACAGAAUAGGCCACCUACUCGCUGGUAGAAUAGAACUCACCGGCAUCUUGGGUGUUGGUGCAUAUGGCGUCGUCUACACCGCGGUCGACAUUUACACUCACAUUCCAUAUGCCGUCAAGGCUCUAUCCAGAGUUGGGCUCGAUUCGCGACAGCGCAGGUUCCAGGAACGGGAAAUCGCCCUGCAUCACCGUGCUAGCGCACAUCCAAAUGUUGUCAACCUUGUCAAGAUCAUUUCUGAUAUUGACUGUACUUAUGUCAUUAUCGAAUACUGCCCAGAAGGUGAUCUCUUCACAAACAUUACCGAACAUGGUAACUUCGUAGGCAACGACAUCUUGGCCAAGAGGGUCUUCCUUCAACUCUUGGAUGCUGUAGAGUACUGCCACUCCUUGGGAAUCUACCAUCGGGAUCUAAAACCAGAGAACAUCUUGGUCACCGAUAAUGGAACCCAAGUUAAACUCGCAGACUUUGGUCUUGCUACUACAGAACCAAUCACCUCUGACUUUGGCUGUGGUUCCACUUUCUAUAUGUCACCUGAGUGCCAACAGUCUCCAUCUAGAGGAUCUGCUUGUUAUGCUUCUGCUCCAAAUGAUAUCUGGUCCCUUGGUGUCAUCCUUGUCAACCUCACAUGUGGACGAAACCCAUGGAAGCGUGCUUCGCAGAGCGAUAGCACUUUCCGAGCUUUCUUGAAGGAUCCCGGUUUCCUCAGGACCAUUCUUCCAUUGUCUGCCGAAUUGGACUUGAUUCUGCGCAGGAUCUUUGAGAUCAACCCAGCCAAGAGGAUCACCAUCCCAGAGCUUCGCUACAGGAUCCAUCACUGUUCCAGAUUCACCACCAACAGCCCACUCGACAGCCCACCACUCAGCGAGACUAACUCUUCUCCAAAUAUCUCUGUCACCGACAUGUUCCAACUCCCACCCCAGGUUUACAAUGGACAAGUUCCAAUCCCAGCUUCUCUCCGAAAUAACAACCAUGGCUACUCUUCAAGAUCAUCCAGCAAUUCUUCUGCAGGUACACCAAUUACACCAUCUGUUGCAGAUGAGUACGCUCCUCUUUCAUUCCAAUAUAAAAACGCCUGGAGUCCCUUCGAUGGAGUCAAAUACAUCGUCGCACAACCACCAGCACUUCCUCAAAGCAUCCAAGCCUGCUAG